AUGUCACAAACGGCUGGAUACAUCUACGGUGUUGCUAACCUUGUCCUGUCCCUCGUGUCCGUGGCAGGAAUGAUUAUUAUCAUCACUAAUGUAAGCCGUUACGUACGCACUUUUUCGCAUGCGACCUUUGUUUGUGUGUUCUUGGUAAUAGUCGAUGGAUUCGUAAAUAUGAUUCUGUUCAUCACCACCAAAGUCGAGUUUCAAAACUGGUGCGUCGAUAAAUCGUCCAGCAUCAUGAUGCAAAACGUCAAUAAUGCUUUAAAUGAAACCAGCGCCCAGCAAAUGAACUUUUCAAAUGAUUAUUACAACUGCUCUGCCUUAUGGGAAGAUGAAAUGAAAUUUGCUAUCAUAGCAUUUGUGCUCAUGUUUUUGGCUUAUUCAUAUUGGGCUUUGUGUAUAUACAGUUUCUCAAUUAUAAGACGAACCUAUAUAACUGAUGCUGACCUACGCGCUGGAGGAGCCAAUGUACCUAUGAUGGGAGCACCUGGAGUUGCGCUUCCUCCUAACGCCAUGAUCAAUACCCCCGCUGGUGCUGUUGGAGCGGGACCUUUCCCUCCACCUCCUGCAGGAACAGAUCGUAAUGUUAUCGUCCUCAAUAAUGCUAAACCAAGGUCAAAAUCCACUCGUAAGAGAAGAAUUGAUACAUUUUCCUUCAGAAACCCCAAACUAGAAAGUGCGGGAGUGGCAGGAAUGAACAAACGGAAUUCACGUCUUUUAUCACUACUGACAUCAUCUCCACUUGUACAACAACAAGCAUUGGCAUUAGCGCAACAACAACAACAAGAACAGCAGAAGCAGCAAGACCCAUUCCAAGAACAACCGAUGCAGCAGCUUGCACUCAGUCGACAGACAUCGCAGAAUCAACGGCAAUCGCUCUAUAUUCCAUUUUAUAACUCAAAUAAAGACUCACAAUUCACGAUUGGAUUCCAACUGAACCCCGAAGGACACAUAGUUGAUAUAGAAAACAACACAUCACAAAUACAACAACAAGCUUCACCUACACCGACAUUUGUAAAUACAGCAUUUUCAGCAAUCGAUCAAUCAAAUAAUACCGAUCUAUUUGACAAGAAUGAUAUAAAUGCAAAGAAUUGGAGCAAGAGAACGAAACCAUUGAACACUAUUGGAAGAUAUUUCUCUGUCUGCUUGCUCCAAUUGCAGUGCCGCGAGAAAGAAAACGGAUGUAAUUCUUACAUCAUGAAAAAACUGGAGUUCAGUUCAAUACAUACGAAGACUAUAAUCAAUAGUUCUCAUUCAAUUGAGCAAUAUCCUACGGCACGAUUAAGGAUAGGAUCAAGCGUAUGA